AUGGCUCUGGUAGAGCUAGUCAUGCUUUGUAAAGCAGCCGUCAAGCAAGGUUACGGAGAUCAGUCCAUAACUGUUAUUCAGGAUAUUCCCGUUCCGAGCCCGUCAUCAGACCAAAUUCUUGUUAAGAUCAACUACAGCGGACUAUGCGCCACAGAUAAGGCUAUGUUGCACGAUGAAUUGCCAAGAAGAAUCGAGGAGUUCGACAAUGGUAUCUGCGGUCAUGAAGGUGCCGGCACGGUAGUAGCCGUCGGCUCAAACGUCCAGGAUUUGUGGCAAGUUGGCAAUCGAGCAGGAAUCAAAUGGGUUGCUUCUAUAUGUCACAGAUGCGAAUUCUGCACCAACGGGCAAGAUGAAUGCUGCUGCCCCAAGCAACAAAACAGCGGUCUGCACAUUGCAGGCACGUUCCAACAGUACUGUGUAACAGAUGCACGGUAUGCGACCAGGAUUCCCGAUGGCGUCAAAGACGAAGAAGCAGGCCCGAUCAUGUGCGGCGGUGUGACAGCAUACGUAGCUUUCAAACGAAGCCAGGUUCGCAGCGGCCAAUGGAUUGUGCUUCCUGGAGCAGGAGGUGGACUGGGCCACUUUGGCAUACAAUACGCAAAGCAAAUGGGCAUGCGCGUCAUUGCUAUAGACACCGGCGAUGCAAAGCGCGAUCUAUGUCUGAAGCUUGGCGCAGAAGAAUUUAUUGAUUUCGCCAAAUGUACCGAUGUCGUGACGGAGGUCCUGAAGAUUACAAGGUAUGGUGCUCAUGGUGUAAUUGUUUUUGCCGGGUCAAAGGCUGGCUAUGAGCAGGCGCCGCGCCUGUUGAGGCCCAGUGGGACAAUGGUAUGCGUAGGAAUCCCUAAAGAUUUGAGCAUGGUAGUAGGUGCGUCGCCCGCCUUGAUGGUUUUGAAGAAAUUGAAUGUUGUGGGAAGUGUAACAGGGACGCUGAAGGAAGUCGAAGAGGCACUUGACUUUACAGCGCGGGGCCUGGUUCAUCCGAUCUUAACUCAUGGCAGACUAGAAGAUUUUAAUAGAUUGAUAAAAGAUAUGGAGGCAGGAAAGAUUGUUGGAAGAGCUGUUGUUAAGAUGGCUGAUUAG